AGUUUUGUUAUUAACUAAAUGUUUCAGAAGAAGAAUGUAUUUGAAAUGGCCAAUUUUUGCCAUUUUAGUCACAACCGUGAUGGGUGCCAAGAAAUCUACCAAGUCUUUAGUUGAAUCUGUUACAGACCAGAAAGAAUUUAAAAAGUUGCUUCGAACAAAGAAUAAUAUUCUAGUGCUUUACUCCGCCAAGGAGAGUGCUGGGGAUAUCCAGGGGAUCCUGGCGGACGCGUCCAUAGAUGUGAAGGGACUCGCAACCAUCCUUACAGUUAACUGCGGGGACAAGGAUGGGAAGAAAUUGUGUAAGAAGAUGAAGGUGUCUACGACGAGCUACGUGUUGAAGCACUACAAGGACGGGGACUUCCACAAGGAUUAUGACAGGGCGGAGUCCCUUAAAUCCUUAGUGACAUUUCUCAAGGAUCCUACAGGGGAUCUGCCUUGGGACGAGGAUCCUGCUUCUCUAGAUGUUGUCCAUCUCAACACUCCAGCACACUUCAACAGAUUUAUGAAAGCGGAGACCGGAAAGGUUCUGAUAAUGUUCUAUGCUCCGUGGUGUGGACACUGUAAACGAAUGAAACCAGAUUACCAGGUUGCAGCUGGAGAGAUGAAAGGGAAAGCUGUACUGGCUGCUAUGGAUGUAAAUAAACCUGAAAAUACUCCUAUUAGUAGAAAGUUUAAUAUAACAGGGUUUCCUACUCUCCUUUACUUCAAGGAUGGACAAAUGAAAUUCCAAUACGAGGGAGGAAAUAAUAAACAGGAAAUAAUAAAAUUCCUGGAAGAUCCAACAGCUGCGCCGGUCGCAAAACCUAAGGAAACCUCCUGGGCCGAUGAACCAAGUGAAGUUGUUCAUCUUACCGACGCAACCUUCGACGAAUUCCUUGCGAACGAGCCGAGUGCGCUUAUCAUGUUUUAUGCGCCAUGGUGUGGGCAUUGCAAACGCGCUAAACCUCAUUUCGUGACUGCUUCUGCAAGGAUGAAGAAGGAAGGUAUCGCCGGGAAGCUGGCUGCAGUGGAUUGUACUCAAGAAACCGAACUCUCCAAACGGUUUGAAAUCAAAGGGUUUCCUUCUAUCCAGUAUUUCAAGGACGGAGAAUUUGCAUUUAACGCCGGAGACGCCAGGGAAGAAGAAGCAAUUAUUAAGUUUAUGUCUGAUCCUAAGGAACCUCCGCCACCCCCACCUCCGGAGAAACCUUGGUCCGAGGAACCCUCCGACGUUGUUCAUCUAGGAGAAGAGGACUUUAAAACCUUCCUUAAGAAGAAGAAGCACGUUCUUGUGAUAUUCUACGCGCCCUGGUGCGGGCAUUGUAAGCGUGCUAAACCUGAGUUUUCUGCAGCAGCUGCUGCAUAUAAAGAUAAUCCUAAAGUUGAGUUUGUGGCUGUUGACUGUACAAUUCAUAAAUCUGUUUGCAGUGCGUACAAUGUGAACGGAUUCCCAUCCUUCAAGUACUUCAGCUACUUCAACAAGGAGCAGAAGGAUUACGAUGGGGGGAGAACGGAGAAGGAUUUUGUUAAUUAUAUGAAGGAUCCACAAUCCCCUACAGCAGGGCAAGCUCCUGCUCCUCCUAGUCCUGAGGAGGACUGGUCUAAGGUUCCUGGUAAUAUUUAUCUCAAGCAUCUAAAAGGAGCAGAGUUUGAGGAGUUCCUGAGGUUCAAGGAUACCGUCCUUAUCAUGUUCUAUGCUCCCUGGUGCGGACACUGUAAAUCUAUGAAACCAGAGUACGCCAGAGCGGCAGAAGAAUUAACAAAGGCUGAGGUUCCUCAUGUUCUAGCUACAGUAGAUGCUACACAGGAACAGGAACUAGGAAAACGGUUCAACAUCCGAGGAUAUCCAACUUUGAAGUUAUUCCGCCGUGGGGUGGAGGUAGAAGAUUAUUCCGGCGGCCGGAAGUCCGCCGACUUUGUUAAAUACAUUCGACUAAAGGUUUCAGAGUUGAGAAACGAACUUUAGUCGUUCUACGCAUACUGUGAUAUUUAAGAUCUUCCAUUGUUAAAUUCUAGAGUUGGAUCUAACAUCUUUAUUUUCAAUCGUUUUAACUUUUAAACUUAAUUUUUUGUUCUGUUUUUAUUCAAAAUCUCAUCCAGAAAUCUUCAAUUAAACAAUUAUAAUCUCUUUAAAGAUUCACAUGACAUACACACAACAAAUGUUUUACAAUAAAAAUUAUUAAUUAGUCUUUAAUGCACAAAAAAUUCACAGAGUUGUCAUCAUUUGUUAAAGAUCCUUUUACCUCUUGUAUUUUUAUAUUUUGUAACUAAUAAUUAUGUAUCUACUUACACUUAACAAAGUGAUUACAAAAAAGUAAUUUAAUGUUAUGUUGUAUGCAACGCAUAUAACCAUUAUAAAACUAGAAAAAUGACUUUAUAUUUUUGUAAUAAUUUAUGUUUUAUACAAUUUAAUAAAUUAGUAGAUAUAAAAUUAUGUAAAAUUAGGUUGGCAAAACGUUUCUAUACAUAAUUUCUUUAUUAACGUAGCUAAAUUAGCUCAGAUUAGUGAAUCGGAAGAAAAUUGUCAUGAAAUGUCAUCUUUGUGGGAUAUUCUGUACUUAAAAACAAGUUUGAUAAAACAAAUUGGAUUAGACCUAUCCAAAGUGAAAGCUAGAUAUCUUUGGACUAAUUUUGAACUCUUUUAAAGUCUUAUAUGAUCCUUCUUGUUGUUUGGGACACACGAAAUACAUAAAUAAAGUUA